AAGCUUCUUACUCUCAUCUUCACCUGGUUACAGCCAUGAAUGACAAUCUGAAGAACGAAGUUGAGAGGCUGAAGAUCAUAACCGGCGAAACAACGAUCUCCGGCGAAGCAAACAAAGCAAUACCAAACCCCUUGUCCUUCAACCCCUCCUUCUUCUCCAACCCCCAACCGCCGCCAUCCCUCCCUCACCAACCCAUCCAUCUCCCUCCUCCUUUCCAUCCGCCCCAAUAUGCCGCCGCAGCCGCCGCCCCCACCUCCGCAUCCUAUUUCCCUCUGCUCUCCUACUCUCACCUUCUCGGUGCCCCGAUCCCUCACGACCAUCUCGGCAGACUCCAGCGAUCAGAUUUCAGCAAAGCUGCUCUCAGAAUCAAAGCUGAAAGCUGCUCUUCCCUAUCAGCUGGUGAGAGCAGCAGCAACUUCUGAUUUCAUGGGGGUUAGUGUCACACAAUCCUCUCUCUAUAAAUAUAUAUGCUGUGGACCCCAUCUAUUAUAAUGCAUGCAUGUUUAUAAGAUUUCCUGACAUAUUCAUUAUUCUUCUUUCAUUGCGACCUUUGUUUUUGCAUUCUAUUUGUUUAAUUUUUGGAUACUAUAUUCCUAUAUUGAUUUACAGUUGUUCUAUUUGUUUAUAAA